UCCGCCCGUUCCGCCCCUCGCCGUUCCCCUCUCCCCCCUCCAGAGUUUAUAUUUUUGAUUUUUCCCACUUCUCCCGUUUUUCCCCCCGCCAUGUCGGAGUCGCUGGGCUGGUGCGUGGAGGCCGUGCGGGCCGCGGCCGAGCCGGCGCUGUCGCGGGCGCUGGUGGCGCUGCGCGGGCGGCACACGCGGCGGGCCGGGGGCCCCGCGCGGUUCCGGGAGCGCGGCGGGCUCGGGCCGCUGCUGGAGCUGGUGCGGCCCGAGCAGCCCCGGCGGGUGCUGGAGCUGGCGCUGAGCGUGCUCGGCAACUGCUGCACCGAGCCCGGCUGCCGGCGGCAGGCGCGGAGCCUCGGAGGGGUGCAGCGGCUCGUGUCCAUCCUGGCGCUGACCGCUGCCCCCGAGAGCGUCCGGAAUCGCACCGCUCGGACUUUGGCCAACCUGGCCCUGGAGCCGGACGGGGCCCGCGAUGUGCUAGACGCCGGUGCCGCGCCCCUGCUGAUCUCCCUCACCUCCACCUGCAGCACCCCGGCCUGCCUGACCAGCGCCGCCCGCGCCCUUCGCAUCCUGGGUACCCCCCAAACCCCCCCAAACCCCCCCAAAACCUCACCCCGCGCCCCCCCUCUGCCUGACCCCGCCCGUGUCCGAGCGGCCGCGGCUCUGGCCGGACGUCUGACCGCUCUGCCCCCCGGGCACCCCUCGUGCCCGGCGCUGGCGCGGGCGCUGCGGGGGCUGCUGGUCACUCCGUGCCCGGCGGCCGUGGCCGAGGCCGUGACCCCCGCCCUGGCCGCUCUGGCCGCUCUGGCCGCCCGGCCGGCGCUGGACGCCCGGGGCUGGGCUCUGGCCGUGCUGGCGGCGGUCAGCGGCCGAGGGUGGCUGCGGCCGGCCCUGGGAGCCGCCGGAGCCGUGGAGGCGGCGGUGGCCGCGGUCAGGAGGGGGUUAAAAGGGGCUGGGGGCGCCCACGGGGAAUUUGGGGAGGGGGGUGGGUUUGAGGGGGGUGAUCCUGAAUUGAGUGGGGGUCCUGAAUUGGGUGAGGGUCCUGAAUUGGGUGAGGGAGACAAAUUUGGGUGUGAUCCUGAAUUGGGUGGGGGUCCUGAAUUGGGUGAGGGUCCUGAAUUGGGUGAGGGUCCCAAAUUUGGGUGUGAUCCAAAAUUGGGUGAGGGUCCUGAGUUUGAGGGUGAUCCUGAAUUGGGUGAGGGACACAAAUUUGGGUGUGAUACUGAAUUGAGUGGGGGUCCUGAAUUGAGUGGGGGUCCUGAAUUGAGUGGGGGUCCUGAAUUGAGUGGGGGUCCUGAAUUGAGUGAGGGUCCUGAAUUGGGUGAGGGACACAAAUUUGGGUGUGAUCCUAAAUUGGGUGGGGGUCCUGAGUUUGAGGGUGAGCCUGAAUUGAGUGGGGGUCCUGAAUUGGGUGAGGGUCCCAAAUUUGGGUGUGAUCCUGAAUUGAGUGGGGGUCCUGAGUUUGAGGGUGAUCCUGAAUUGGGUGGGGGUCCUGAAUUUGGGGAUGAGGGUCCUAAAUUUCAGGGUGGUCCCAAAUUGGGUGAGGGUCCUGAAUUUGGGGGUGAGGGUGUUAAAUUGGGUGAGGGUCUUGAAUUGGGUGAGGGUCCCAAAUUUGGGAGUGAUCCUAAAUGGAGUGGGGGUCCUGAGUUUGAGGGUGAUCCUAAAUUGGGUGGGGGUCCCAAAUUUGGGUGUGAUCCUAAAUGGAGUGGGGGUCCUGAGUUUGAAGGUGAUCCUAAAUUGGGUGAGGGUCCUGAAUUUGGGGAUGAGGGUCCUAAAUUUAAGGGUGGUCCUAAAUUGGGUGAGGGUCCUGAAUUUGGGGGUGAGGGUGUUAAAUUGGGUGAAGGUCCCAAAUUGGGUGGGGGUCCUAAAUUGGAGGGUGGGGGCCCCAAAUUUGGCAGUGAUCCUAAAUUGGGUGAGGGUCCCAAAUUUGGGGGUGAUCCUAAAUUAGGUGGGGGUCCUAAAUUGGGUGAGGGUCCCAAAUUUGAGAUUGGGGGUCCUAAAUUGGGUAGGGGUCCUGAAAUUAAGGGUCCCGAAUUGGGUGGGGGUCCCAAAUUGGGUGAGGGGUCUGAAAUUAAGGCUGGGGGUCCCCAAGUUAAUUUUGGGGGUCCCAAAUUGGUUGGGGGUCGCCCCCAACCCCCCCAAUUUGGGGGCGGUGGUCCCCAAAUGAACGGGGGUCCCCAUUUGAAUGGGGGGCCCAAAUUUGGGUCUGGGGGUUCUGAAUUAGGUGAAAAUCCCAAAUUUGAGUCUGGGGGUUCCAAACACAGGACCAAGCGUCCCAAAUUCGACUCUGGGGGUCCCCAAUUUGAGUCUGGGGGUCCCCAAAUCCCCUCCCAGAGCCCCAAAAUCUCCUCUGGGUCUCCCCGAAUUGAGUCUGGGGGUCCCGAAUUUGAGUCUGGGGGUUCCAAACCCAGGACCAAACGUCCCAAAAUCGACUCUGGGGGUCCCCAAUUCCGGUCUGAGCCCCCCAAAACCCCCUCUGAGACCCCCAAAUUCCCUUCUGGGGGUCCCCAAAUUCAGUCUGAGCCCCCCAAAUUCCCCUCUGAGACCCCCAAAUUCUCCUCUGGGGGUCCCCGAAUUGAGUCUGGGGGUCCCAAAACCUCCUCCAAAGUCCCCAAAAUCCCCUCUGCACCCCCCAAAUUCUCCUCUGGGGGUCCCCAAAUUGAGUUUGAGACCCCCAAAGUCCCCUCCAGGGGUCCUAAAAUUGAGUGUGUGACCCCCAAAUUCCCCUCUGGGGGUCCCCAAUUCUGGUCUGCACCCCCCAAAAUCCCCUCUGAGCCCCCCAAAACCCCCUCUGAGACCCCCAAAUUCCCUUCUGGGGCUCCCCAAUUCCAGUCUGAGACCCCCAAAACCCAAAUUGCGCCCCCCAAAUCCCGCUCCGGGGGUGCCCAAAUUGAGUCUGGGGGUCCCAAAAUGUCCUCUGGGACUCCCCAAUUCCAGUCUGAGACCCCCAAAAUCCAACCCGCGCCCCCCAAAACCCCCUGUGCACCCCCCAAAUCCCGCUCCGGCGGUCCCCAAAUUGAGUCUGGGGGUCCCAAAAUCUCCUCUGGGGCUCCCAAAUUCGAGUCUACACCCCCCAAAUUCCCCUCUGGGGGUCCCCAAAUUGAGUCUGAGACCCCCAAACCCCCCUCUACCUCCCCCAAAACCCAAUCUGCAGCCCCCAAAUCCCACUCCGGGGGUCCCCAAAUUGAGUCUGCGCCCCCCAAACCCCCCUCUACCUUCCCCAAACCCCACCCCACGCCCCCCAAACCCCACCCCACGCCCCCCAAACCCCCCCGUGCCCCCCCCAAACCCCUCUCCACCUCUCCCCAAAUUGAGUCUGGGGGUCCCAAAAUCUCCUCUGGGGCUCCCAAAUUCGAGUCUACACCCCCCAAAUUCCCCUCUGGGCGUCCCCAAAUUGAGUCUGCGACCCCCAAACCCCAAUCCACGUCCCCCAAAUUCCCCUCUGGGGCUCCCCAAUUCCAGUCUGAGACCCCCAAACCCCCCUCUGAGACCCCCAAACCCCCCUCCAAGACCCCCAAAUCCCGCUCCGGGAGUGCCCAAAUUGAGUCUGAGACCCCCAAAAUCCCCUCUGCGCCCCCCAAAUUCCCCUCUGAGACCCCCAAACCCCACCCCACGCCCCCCAAACCCCAAUUAACGCCCCCCAAACCCCACCCCACGCCCCCCAAGCCCCCCUCCAGCGCUCCCCCAAUUGAGUCUGGGGGCGGCCCGCUGGACUGCGCUAUCCGGGCGCUGUGCCUGCUGUGCCGCGAGGCGGUGAACCGGGCGCGGGUGCGGCGCUCGGGGGGCCUGGGGGCGCUGCUGGCCGUGCUGCGGGAGCCGCGGGCGCGGCGCUGGCACGGCGCGGUGCUGCUGGCCCUGGCCGCCUUCUCCUGGGACCCGCCCGCGCUGCGGGCCCUGGACGCGGCCGGGCUGGUGCCGCUGCUGGCCCGGAGGCUGCCCCGAGGGGUCCCCGAGGAGGAGGAGGAGGAGGAGGAAAAGGAGGAAGAGGAGGCGAAGUCGGCGGAUCUGCCCCGAGAUUUGGGGGUUGGGAGCGGCGGGGAGGCGGCGGCGGGGAGCUGGAGGGGGUUGAGCUCCUGGCUCUCCUCUACCUCCCCCACCACCCGACCCCGCCCGCCCCUCCCCCCCACCCUGGCCACCCUGGCCCUGCCCCAAAUCCCCCCGACCCUUUUGGGGGACCCCAAACUGCCCGAGACCCCCGUGCUGCUGCUGCUGGAGCGCCUGGCCGAGCCCCCCUGCCCCUCCCCCUCCCUCCCCUCCCCCACCCUGGUCUCGGCCAUUUUGGGGUACCUGGCGGGGGUCCCCCGCCCCUCCCCCCGCGCCCCCCGCCUGCUGCAGCUUUUGGUGGAAAAUCCCCAAUUUUUGGGGCUCCUCCUCCGCGGCUUCGUCCCGUCCCUCAUCCACUCCUGGCUGGUUUUGGGGGUCCCGCCCCAAAAGUGGCUGCGGGAGGUGGGGGAGGGGAGGGACCCCCGCCCCAAAAAUACCCCCAAAAAUCCCCAGCCCGGACCCCCCCGGGAGAGGAGGGAGAGGCUGAAGGAGCUGGGCGAGGCCCUGCUGCGGAGUUUGGGGGCGACGGCGGCGGCGCCGUUCGGGGUGGGGGUCCUGACCCACGGCCUGAGGUGUGGGACCCCCCCCGCCCGCCUGGCCUGCGCCACCGCCCUGGUCCUGCUGGCCAGGCCGGGCUCGGCGCUGUGGGCGCUGCUGUGGGGCGGGGGAGGGGCGCUGCCGCUGCUGCUCGGAGCCGCCGCCCGGGGCGGGGGAGGGGCCGCCCCUCCCCCCUUCCUCCUCUACGCCGCCGCCGCCAUCGGGGAGCUGAGACGGCACCUGGGACAGGUGAACGGCCACGGGGACAGCGGUGACACCAACGGGGACCUGGGGGACACCUGGGGACACCUGGACACCUCUGGGGACACCUGGGACGCACCUGGGGACAUCCAAAAUGGACCUGGGGACAUCCAAAACGGACCUGGGGACAUCCAAAACGGACCUGGGGACAUCCAAAACGGACCUGGGGACAUCCAAAACGGACCUGGGAACACCUGGGACGCAUCUGGGGACACUGAGGAUGCACCUGAGGACACCUGGGACACACCUGGGGACACCUGGGACCCCCUGGACACACCUGGGGACAUGCAGGACACACCUGGGGACACCUGGGACGCACCUGAGGACAUCCAAAACGGACCUGGGGACACCUGGGACGCAUCUGGGGACAUCCAAAAUGGACCUGGGGACAUUGAGGACACCUCUGGGGACACCUGGGACCACCUGGACACACCUGGGGACAUUGAGGACGCACCUGAGGACACCUGGGACACACCUGGGGACACCUGGAACCACCUGGACACACCUGCGGACAUCGAGGACACACUUGGGGACAUCGAGGACACACCUGGGGACACCUCUGGGGACACCUGGGACCACCUGGACACACCUGGGGACACCUCUGGGGACACCUCUGGGACGCUCUCACCUGUCCCCAGGUGGCCCCAAAUGUCCCCACCCCCCUGCAAACGUCGACGAAUGUCCCCAAAUUCCCCCCAGGUGUCCCCAAAUGUCCCCCAAAUGUCCCCAAAUUCCAAUUCCUGUCCCCAAACGUCCCCAAAUCCCCCCCACACAUCCUCAAACCCUCCUGAACCCUCCCCAAAAUGUCCCCAAAUGUCCCCAAACCCCCCCGAAAUGUCCCCAAAAUGUCCCCACACAUCCCCAAAUCUCCCCCAAACCUCCCCAAAUUCCCCCCAAACCUCCCCAAAUCCCCCCCACACAUUCCCAAAUCCCCCCGAAACAUCCCCAAAUACCUCCGAACUGUCCCCCAAAUGUCCCCAAACCUCCCCAAACCCUGUUGAACCCUCCCUGAAAUGUCCCCAAAUCUCCCUGAAAUGU